GAGCAGGAUGUAUACUCUGCUGUCUGGCCUCUAUAAGUACACGUUCCAGAGGGAUGAGUACUGCAUCUUGAUCCUUGACUUGGAUAAUGCUGGCAAAACUACCUUCCUUGAGCAAACUAAAACUCGAUUUAACAAGAACUACAAAGGGAUGAGCUUGUCCAAGAUCACAACCACUGUUGGCUUGAACAUUGGUACUAUUGAUGUUGGCAAAACUCGCCUCAUGUUCUGGGAUCUGGGUGGACAGGAGGAGCUCCAGGCUCUCUGGGACAAGUAUUAUGCUGAAUCUCAUGGAGUGAUCUAUGUUAUUGACUCCACUGAUGAGGAGAAGCUCUCAGAGUCUAAAAGUGCUUUUGAGAAGAAGGUUUAG